UAUAAUCGUCACGGUACAGUGUGUACCAAAUUAACAUAUUUAUAUGUCCUUGAAUAGAGAUUUUUGUUCGGUUUUGUAUUAAAAACAAAACUUUUCGUUUUCUGCAAGAUGUCAUUUGAUUUUAGUGGAAAGAAAGUGUUAGUUACAGGGGCCGGAAAAGGAAUAGGUCGCGCCGUUGCUGAAAAAUUAAGCCAAUGCGGAUGUAAAGUUUAUGUUUUGAGUAGGACAAAAUCUGACCUUGACUCGUUAGUGGAUGAUAAUCAAAACAUAACUUCAAUAGUUGCGGACUUAUGUGAAUGGGAAGAAACGAAGACAAAGUUAGAAAAGCUAGAAGUGUUAGACGGUUUAGUCAAUAAUGCCGGUAUAAGUGGACAUGAGUACGCCGCCGUUGAUUGUCCCAGGGAAUACAUCUAUAAAGUUCUGGAUACAAAUCUUAUGAGUGCAAUAAAUUGUUCCCAAAUUGUUGCAAAGAAAAUGAUUGAAGCAAAAGUUAAAGGUUCAAUUGUAAAUGUUUCAAGUAUUGGAAGUGUUGGUGCAUUUCCAAAAGGAUUGCCAUACCACAUGUCAAAGGCUGCACUGGAUAUGGUUUCGAAACAAUUUGCGUUGGAAUUGGGUCCACAUGGUAUACGUGUAAACUCUGUGAAUCCAUCACUUGUGAUGACACCGAUGAUUCGAGAAGUUAUCGACAAAGGAAUUCAUGUGGAUGAAAUUAUAACUUCUAGAUCAUCAAUAAGUCGAUUGUUAGAACUGCAUGAAAUAGUUAACCCCAUCCUGUACCUCUUGAGUGACCUUUCUACAAUGGUAACUGGACAAGCGCAUGUGGUUGAUGGUGGGUGUUUGUCAAACAUAACUACAAAAGCGUAGUCAUUGAAAGAAAUGUGCAACUGAUGCGAUAUAACUGAUAUAUACAUUGUCUUUACCUUAAUUUAAAAUAAAAAUAAUUAGAUUUCAUAAAGUCGUUGAAUAAGCAUUAUGCUUCAGUGCUUGAACUAUAUGCUGCAGUCGCCAAUUCAAUGAAGUACACACCAAUAUGUUCCUUAUUUUUGUUGAUAUGCUAGCAAUGUGUUUCAUGGUAUGGAUUGCUUAGUCAAUACAACCAUUUACUGAAUAAAAUGAAUAAUAUUUAC